CCAAUCAGCGCAGACCACGACGCACACACACAAACAAAGCGCAACUACAACAUUUUCUACAUUUUGCCAGCAUUUAAUUUUCAAUUUCCCGAAUUCACCGGCUAAAAUCAUAGUUUUAAUGAGAUAGAAAGGAUCGCAGGCAGAAUGCAGCUAAUCAAGUGCUUGGUGGUCAUACAGCUCUCCCUUUUGCUGGUGGAGGACGCCCUAGCCGGCCGGGAUUUCUACAAGAUACUGAACAUCAAGAAAAACGCCAACACGAAUGAGGUGAAGAAGGCCUACCGCCGUUUGGCCAAGGAACUGCAUCCGGACAAGAACAAGGACGAUCCGGAUGCCUCGGAGAAGUUCCAGGACCUCGGAGCCGCCUACGAGGUGCUCUCGAACCCAGACAAGCGCAAGACCUACGAUCGCUGCGGCGAGGAGUGCCUGAAAAAGGAGGGCAUGAUGGACCACGGCGGCGAUCCCUUCUCCAGCUUCUUCGGGGACUUUGGCUUCCACUUCGGCAACGGCGACGGUCAGCAGCAGGAUGCUCCGCGUGGCGCCGACAUCGUGAUGAACCUGUACGUCUCGCUGGAGGAGCUCUACUCGGGCAACUUCGUGGAGAUCGUGCGGAAUAAGCCCGUGACGAAGCCCGCCUCGGGAACCAGGAAGUGCAACUGCCGGCAGGAGAUGGUCACCAGGAAUCUGGGGCCCGGCCGCUUCCAGAUGAUCCAGCAAACGGUGUGCGACGAGUGCCCCAACGUGAAGCUGGUCAACGAGGAGCGCACGCUGGAGAUCGAGGUGGAGCAGGGCAUGGUCGAUGGCCAGGAGACGCGCUUCGUGGCCGAGGGCGAGCCCCACAUCGAUGGCGAGCCCGGCGAUCUGCUGGUGCGGGUGCAGCAGAUGCCGCAUCCGCGCUUCCUGCGCAAGGACGAUGAUCUGUACACGAACGUGACCAUCAGCCUGCAGGACGCCCUCGUCGGGUUUUCCAUGGAGAUCAAGCACCUCGAUGGACACCUCGUCCCUGUUACGAGGGAGAAGGUCACGUGGCCAGGGGCCCGCAUCCGCAAGAAGGGCGAGGGCAUGCCCAACUUCGAGAACAACAACCUCACCGGCAACCUGUACAUCACCUUCGACGUGGAGUUCCCCAAAAAGGAUCUCACGGAGGAGGACAAGGAAGCGCUCAAGAAAAUACUCGACCAAUCCUCCAUCAAUCGCGUCUACAAUGGACUGUAAAUCGCC